UCUACGAGAACCUGGCAGUUGGCGGGGUUGGUUAGCGUUUUGUUGGCUUGUGCUUUCGAAGUGUGCGUCCUCAGCGGCGAUUCAAAAAAUGUUAGAAGAAAAGCUAGUUCCUGAAUUGUCGGAAGAGGAAGCCGAUCUGUACGACAGGCAGAUUCGUCUUUGGGGUUUGGAAUCUCAGAAAAGGUUACGUGCAGUUCGUGUUCUUGUCGCUGGGAUGAAUGGUCUCGGUGCAGAAGUAUCAAAGAACUUGAUACUGGCUGGGAUCAAGUCAAUCACGUUACUCGAUGACAAGGAAGUCUCCGAAGAUGACUUCUAUUCGCAGUUCAUGAUAAAAAGGGAUGAUAUUGGCAAAAAUAGGGCACACUGUUCCAAAGCCUACGCCCAGGACCUCAAUCCCAUGGUAAAAGUAAUAGCGGAAGAAGGUGCAGUCGCAGAGAAGGAUGAGGACUACUUUCGCAACUUCGAUGUCGUCUGCUGCACGGAAACAUCUACCAUAGAAAACCUUGUUCGCAUCAACACGAUAUGCAGAGACAUUGGUGCAAAAUUCUUCUGUGGCCAUGUUUGGGGUUUCCACGGUUAUUUCUUCACAGACCUAAUUGAGCACACAUACACACAGGAGGUGCGUCUUCCACCACCACCAAAGAAAACUGAAACAUUGGGACCUAGUGCCGCUAAGAAACCUAAGAUGACAGAGGAAAUUUCUCCAAUCGUAAAAAAGACAAUGACAUUUGUGCCUCUUUCACGUGCCCUGCAAGUCAAAGCCGGUAAAUCAGGGACAGGACUGGACAAAAAGACGUCUUCAAUGUUUCUCUGGCUUCACGUGUUGUUACGGUUUCACGAGAAAACGAAGGCACCUCCCGCCCCGUCGGACAGGGAAAGUCUACUCGAGAUGAGGGACGAAGUGGCAAACGACCUCGACGUCGAUAAAGCCCGCAUAAGUGAUGAUUUGUUUGAUAACAUCUUUGGGGAGCUCGGUGCAACGUGUGCGGUCCUCGGUGGAAUUCUUGGUCAAGAGAUUAUAAAGGUGGCAUCCUGCAAGGAUUUACCCAUGAAGAAUUUCUUCCUCUUCAACGGUGAAGAGUGCUGUGGGCUCCAGGAAACGGUUGGGCGGUGAAAUCGUUAGGGGCGCACUUCCAGAGGUCUUCCUGUUGAUCCUGUUUCAUUCUGCCUGCUAGCCUCAUAAUUUAUUGGGAUUCGUGGGCUGCCGACAGUUAUGUUACUUCAUCUUCAAAAUAAUAUUUGCCACAUUCCUGAUAACAUAUACUAGUUAAGCCAUUGUUGCGUAGCACCUGUUGAUUCGUUCUCAAAAUAAACGAAAGAGCAAUGUACAUGUUGCAUAAUUUAUUGCUACAUUUGACCGAACUGUACAGCAAUGUAUGAAAAAUCUGUUUAUACAAAAUCUUAUGUUUCACAUUAAAUUGUCUCGUAUGACUAGUUGAAUAUGCUGGAAUAAGAAAAUAAAAUAUCCACACAUGUACGGCA